AUGGAAAAAGACGAUAAUCACGGCAAGGUCAUGAACGUUGAGGAUGCUGUAAGCAACAGUACCGGCGUCCUUCUAUACGACGAUCAUGGAAAUGUGCGAAACCUGCCAGUUCCAUCAUGCGACCCAAACGAUCCUCUCAACUUUGGGAUCUGGAGACAGCGUCUCGUUCUCCUGGCCGUCUGCAUGUAUGGCAUCGCUGGUUUCGGUAUUAUCCAGUCUACACCGCUCUUCUUUGGAAACCUCAUUGCCGAAUAUAUGAAGGAAACGCGUGGCACAUUCCAUCCCGACCGUAUUGCAGACCUAGCUAGCUAUCCUUCCCUCUGCAUGGGCUUGGGAAACUUCUUCUUCGUUCCCUUAUCUAUGGCACUUGGUCGUCGUUUCGCCUUCAUUCUUAGUAAUACCAUCCUUGUGGCAUCUAUCAUCUGGGCUGCCAAGUCGCAGUCUUUUGAGUCUCACCUUGGAGCUCGUUGUUUGCAGGGGCUCACUGCAGGUAUCUCGGACUGUCUGCUGCCAAUCAUUGUUCUCGACAUGUCAUUCCUCUAUAAGCGAAGCGCACGACUUAUCGCAUACUGGGCGUUGACCGCCAUCGGAUCAUCUAUACUACUGAUCCCCAUCCCUUUUAUCGUCGAGAACGCGGGCGGCGAUUGGAGACUCAACUAUUGGUUCUGGUUAGCCUUUGCAGUAUUUGCCAUGAUCCUCAUCAUCUUCUGCGUCCCCGAGACUCUCUUCAACCGUCGCGCUGCCGAGCUUAGUGGAAGAAUCCACGCGACAGAUGCGUAUGGUACUCACCGAACCUUUGCUUCGCCUCAAGCUGCUCGCGACGCUGGCUUCGACAUUGACAAUGCUCAGUCCGAAAAUCCCACUGAGCUCUCGUAUAAGCGUCAGUUUGCGCUUUUCACAGUGCAACCAUCGCCUGUUGCCCGGUUCUUUGGCGCGUACAAAGACAUCUUUCUUUGUAUCCUUGUGCCAGGCACUCUUUGGGUCCUGCUGUUCAACAGUAUGGUAUUUGGAGGUCUCGUGGUGCUGAGCUUGACCUAUGCCCAGCGCCUUGAGAUGCCGCCUUGGAACUUCUCUCCAGAAACAGUUGGAACGGUCCAAAUCGGAGCAGCUAUCGGGGCACUCUUUGGUCUGGGAUAUGGUGAGCUAGCAGAGCCUAUCAGUCGCUACUUGACCAAGAGAAACGGCGGCGUUCGAGAGCCUGAGCAUGUUCUUCCCAACUUCAUUCUUCCGUCUAUUUUCUGCUUUCUGGGUAUGAUCAUCUACGGUGUCGUGGCUGCGGACCCGUCGAGGUAUAGCUGGGUAGGCAUGCAUGCUGCUUUCGCCCUGUUCUACUUUGGCUUCUGCGCUAUCUCGGCUGUGACUGGAGUUUGGCUCGGAGAGUUGCUGCCGCACAUGUCAGGUCCUGCAAUUGUGCUCACUUGUGGAGGAAGAAAUGCCAUUUCCUUUGGGUACAGUCAUUCUUUCAAUUCGUGGAUCAGCACGAUGGGUAUUAGAGAUACUUAUAUCCUGUUUGGGGGUAUUCUUUUCGCUCUAGGCUCUUUCGCUGUUCCCCUAUAUUUUUUCAACGGGCGGAUCCGUCGGGCCAUGGAAAAGGUGCCGCUUAUUGGUACUUAUUGA